AUGAUAGACAAUUGUUCGAUAUACUUGUGGAAGCGGCGCUAUGGUCUUUUUGUUUGUUUUUGUUGUGUUCUAGGGGCCCUUAGUCUUGGGAUUGUGUAUUUGUCUGAUAAACUAGCCGAUAAUUACUCAAAGACGAUAGAAACAUCUGGUUUUGACGAGAAUCAGCCAAACACCGUUAACCUGAAAGUAGAUGUGAUCUCCGAAGCAGGGCACAGUAAAGCAGCACGGCCCAAGCCCGCACCAAAAACUCAAACUAUUGCAACACAAACAGGUACAUCUCAAAUUGGUACAUCUCAAACUAGUACAUCUCAAACUAUUACAUCUCAAACAGGUACAUCUCAAACAGGUACAUCUCAAACAGGUACAUCUCAAACCGCAGAAUCACAAACUAGUGCAACACAAACCACAGAAUCACAAGCUAUUGCAACACAAUCUAAUCCAACACAAACCACAGAAUCUCAAACUGGCACAUCUCAAACCACCGAAUCACAAACUAUUGCAACACAAACUGGCACAUCUCAAACCGCAGAAUCACAAGCUAUUGCAACACAAUCUAAUGCAACACAAACCACAGAAUCUCAAACUGGCACAUCUCAAACCACCGAAUCUCAAACUACUGCAACACAAGCUAUUGCAACACAAACCACAGAAUCACAAACUAUUGAAACCCAAACAGGUACAUCUCAAACCACAGAAUCACAAGCUAUUGCAACACAAACCACAGAAUCACAAACUAUUGAAACCCAAACAGGUACAUCUCAAACCACAGAAUCACAAGCUAUUGCAACACAAUCUAAUGCAACACAAACACAAACCCAUGACAAUACUAUGCCUGACCCAGACUUAAUCACUAGGUUGCAAGAGAUGGCCGUGAUCGCCGAGCCAUCGGAGCACUCCUGGGAAAGUUCUUCCAAGACAGGCCAAGUAAAAUGGGUGUUAACACUGAACGCGGCAUCGAUCAUUAAAAUGGGCCACGAUGAUUCAAAAUCCGACCACCUCGUUCAGAUACUGCAAAACAAGAACAAGAACGACUGCCGGCAAUGUCUUGAGAGUCUAAAGAAGUUACAAAAGAUUAAGAGUUCCAUUCCAAUGCACAUCAUGGGGAGUGAUGUGGAGUACAACAAGGAAACAAUUGAAUUAGUGUUGCUCCUGCUAAGGGUUAUGGACGUACCGCACCUUAAAUUUGAAUGGACUACCCGAGCUCGGAAAGACACCCCCAUUAGUUUGAAUACUGUUAAGUCUUUGAUAAGUAAGUGUCCGCACGCUCUGAAACAACGACCGAAUAGUUUUAUUAUCAACGGCAGCCAGCGUAAACUCUGGAAUUCUUUUCUUGGGUUAAUCAAAACAACCUAUAAUCUGCAAAAGAGUUAG